AUGGGUCGCGAAGAUCAAGUUGAGGAGCGCGAGGUGCUCGACUCCAUCUUCCCAGAGGAAAUCACAGACAUAUCCGAAACUGCAUACAAGAUCUCGAUAUCUCUGGAGACCCCGAGCAACGAUGAAUCAGAGGAGCAGCCGGUGAUAUUCCUGGAAGUGUCAUAUCCAGAAGACUACCCUGAUGUGGCCCCCGAACUCAGCAUCAGCGCUCCGCCAAACGCUCCAAAGAACCCGCGAUUAGAUAUCCAAGAAGACCGCGAUCACCUUCUCCAGUCCUUGCAGCCCACUAUCGAAGAGAAUAUGGGCAUGGCAAUGGUCUUCACCCUUGUGAGCGCGUUGAAAGAGAGUGCCGAAAAUCUCAUGGUCGAGCGCGCAAACGUGGUACGGGCUGAGCAGGAGAAGGCUGCAGCCAAGGCAGAGGAAGAAGAAAAUGCGAAGUUCCGAGGGACACCAGUUACUCGGGAGACAUUCACCCAGUGGCUCGCAAACUUCCAAAAAGAAAUCGAGGAGGAGGAGCAGCGCCUAAAAUUGGAGAAGGAAGCCGAGGACAAGAAAAAGAAGUCUGGCAAGGAGGAAAAGAAGCUUACUGGCCGGCAACUAUGGGAGAGAGGGUUGGCUGGUAAGGGCGAUUAUGAUGAAGAAGGCGAGGAUGCUCUGCCCCUAUUGAGAAGCUCAAGGUUACUGCAUAAAGCUACGCAAAUUUAUGUCGUUACGAGUUACCAAUUGCAUAAAACUAGUCAUUUCAAAGUUGCCGUUAAAGCGCAUUGA